AUGUCGACUGCCAACAAUCCAUCUGCCCCCCCUGCCUCCCAUAUCAAAAUCAUCGAGGUUCAUGAGUAUCUUCCUCCAGGAAUUUCAAGAAUAAUCGAUCGUGGUGGCGAGCACUUUAUUGGUGUCAUUGACGAGUCGACUGUCUUAAAAUACCCUUCCGCUCCAAGCAAUCGUGAAAGCUUUCGAGUAGAGGCUCAACUUCUCGAAACACUUGGAAGUCAUCCUAGAGUGGUCGCCUUCAAAGGGCUGACUGAGCAUGGUCUCGCUCUACAAUAUGCCCCAAAUGGUAAUCUAUACAACUACAUGACCUCGGACCCAACCCUUUCACUCGACAAAAGGAUUUAUUGGUGCAAACAAGCUGCGGAAGCAGUCAGCUAUAUCCAUAGCAAACGUGUCAUUCAUUGUGAUAUCAGUCCUCGGAAUUUCCUUCUUGAUGAGAGCUUUGAUCUCGUGCUUACAGACUUUCAAGGAAUGUUGAAGUCGGUUGAUGGCAAAACGCUAUUAGAUGGGCUGUCUCGUGAGUGCUCGAAGUCGUUUCGACCUCGGAUUCACGGGGACUAUGAGGAUGUGUAUACUGAUAUUUUUGCACUUGGUUCUGCGAUCUAUUUCAUUAUGACCGGGCACGAAAUCUUUCCGGAUCUGAACAGCUUCGAGGACGACGAGGAAAUCCUAGACCGGUUUAAACAGGGGAAGUUUCCAACCGAUGAGCAAGAACAUAUUUGUUAUUAUAUCACAGACAAAUGCUGGAAACAGCAUUAUCAGUCCGCUGGAGAUGUUGUUUUGGAUAUUAUUAAAAUACAGGAAGGAAUUGGGAAGGCGCAUCAGGAUCCAGCAUAG